UAGUUUUUAGUAAUUAAUUGGUUACCGUUCUUUGGUUAGUUCUUAUUAUUUGUUACCAACCGAAUGAAGAAAAUGAUACUGGUACUUUGAAUCUUAUUGUUGUCAAAUGCCGAGUCUGCAUAUUUGAAAACACAGUUCGAGAUCAAAUUGGCAAUACUGACGAGGAGUUUUUUAUUUAUUUUUUUUUACUGAAAAUGCACAAACCGGAGAGGCAAGCAAUGCAUAAUCAUACAAGUUUGGAGGCGAGGGUAAUGUUUGUUUUCGUAGUGUAGUGGUUAUCACGAUCGCCUCACACGGUUCGAUCCUGGGCGGAAACAUCUUAAGUGAUGAAGUGCUGCCUUUACAUUAACCGUGUGUAUUCAAAACAUCAAAAAGCAGACUGUUUUCAUUUCUGUAAAUUGACCUCAGUUUUACUGCAGUUAUCUUCAAAUCAACAGCGUUUUAUUUACAGGCAUGUUUUCUUCUGAUGUGCCAAGCUAAAUCACUGGGCAACUAAAUACUGCAUUUAUUAUUACAGUACAGUAGUAAUAAUGUCGUAUAGAUACGAGGUGGUACAGUAUGCUGGCACUGAAUUACAUACCACCAUACUGUUCCAUUCCAGCAUCGAUUGCAUUUACAACCUUUGUCCACUAGAGGGUACCAUUCCCUUAUAAAGCUGAAAGCCUUUUCCCAUUCAAUCCAAUAGGGACAUUCGAAUGAGUAAAACGUGCCUUUGACUUCAAGCCCCGCCUCUCUCCUUAAUUCACAGACAGUGAGCACUUGUCAGAACCUCAGGCAGCGGCUAGCCAGAGAAAGAGAGCUCAGCGUGGAGCUCACACUGUAGAACUACUACUACUACAACAAAAAGAGAGAGAAAUUAAAUAAAUUAAGCAGUGAUCAGAGACAGGAGACACUUUUGUUUUGCUUUUCUUUGCUUUCUGUGCCGCACGAGAAGGCAGAAGCGAUGUUGCAUUUCAGCAGAACAUUCGAGAAUGAAAAGCUGCAGCUUCAGGAGCUGAAUAAGAGGCUCAGCCAGUAUCUGUCCCGGGUGAAGCAGCUGGAGCAGGAGAAUGCCUCCCUCCUCAUGGAGAUCAGCACUCUGAGGCAGGAGAGGACGGGGGAGUGGGAGCAGCAGCAGCAAAUGGUGGAGAUGCGGGGGCUCCGCAGAGCAGUGGACCAGCUGGCUCUUGAGAAAGCCCAAGCCGAGAUGGAGCGAGAGAGGCUGCGCAGAGAACUCCAUCUGGUGCAGGAGCUCAUCUGCCAGGAGAGUGGCACAUGCAGGGACAUCCACGGGGAGCUGAAAGGGUUUGACAAGCAUCUCCAGCAAGCCUGCUUGAAGAACCUCACCCUGGAGGAGCACCUCCUGAGGCUGCAGAGGGAGCAGCAAGCCCUGGAGGACAGCCACAGACAGGAGAUCUGCGUGCUCCGAGAGCAGCUCUGCUCCAAGCUCGUGCCCAUGGUCACCCAGCAGGGCCAGGGUCCCCCGGCACUAACCCUGGAGGAGGUGGAGGAGUACACGCUGAGCCUGUCCCAGGCCUGGGCCCACACCGUGGAGCUGCACCACACGAAGGUGGAGGAGCUGGAGGAGUCCCUGUGGCUGGACCAGGAGAGGCUGGAGGAGCUGUGCAGAGAGAAGAGGCAGAGCGCCGCUCAGCUGGAGAAGCUGCGUGAGGAGAUGCACAGGCAGAGUCACAUCCAGGAGGGGCUGGAGAGCGAGCUCGUCAGCCUGCAGGAGAACUGCGACCUGGAGCUGCAGGAGUACCAGGCGCUGAUUGAGCAGCUGGAGGAGGAGAGGAGAGAGCUGAGCAUCGCCAUCGCAGAGAGGCUGGAGGAUCAUCAGGAGCUCAUGCAGGUGAAGAUAGGGCUCAGCAUGGAGGUCGCCACCUACAGGGCACUGCUAGAGGGGGAGAAGAGGGAAACAUACCUUUGGACAGACCAGCAUGUGAGACAAGCACCCAGAAAUAUAGGUAUUGGAAAGCCGUCCCACAUGUUCACGGUGAAGAGGGAGGAUGGAAGAAAACAGUUUCCAUUCAGCUCACACACAGGCGUUAGAUAUGAGGAGCGUGCCUCCAGUGCAAGCACAGUCUCAAGGCCAGGUCAGGUCAGAACCUAUGAAGCGAGCAGAACAGUUCCAAGUGGUUUCUCAGAGAGACUUCUGCUGGGUGGUACCCAAGUGCCUUAUGCUGCCAGAAAAGAUGUCUCAUCAUCUGCAAGGACCAUACAGGUCUCCUCUAGUUCUUCCAGGGCAGUUCCCCAGCAGGCUGAAAGAAAGACCGUUGCAAUUAAACCAAGGGUGUUGGUCGAGACGACCGUGAGCUCAACAGAGGUGACCACACAUCCUGCCAGAGACGCGGCUAUUAACCUUCAGAGAUCCAGCAACGAGAACAGAGCAGGGCUUCACACGUCACCUACUGCAGAUCAGAAGCCCACACCGGAGGACAUAACCAACAAGUGUGUGAUUGUUACCUUUCCCAUCAAGGCACCUCAAGAUCCAGAAUCUGCUGACGAAAGCAAGGUAAAGAUUACGGAGGUCACAAUCGGCAGGAAAGAGUCAACUGAAGCGGAAUCUGUGGACCUUAAUGGAUUCAGAGUCAACCGGGGACAGGUUCCAGAGAACAAAGAGGUGGAAACCACACUUCAGGGACUCCAGAUUCAAAACGGCGCUGGCGCACAAAAACAAGGCUUUGGUGAAGAUCAGCUAGAGGGUCAAACGGCUGCUAAAUAUUUCAGCGAGGAGCAGAUUCAAAUUGAUAAAAAACAUAAGGAACAGGUUGCAGGUGCAAGUCCAGACGAUGCAAAAAGAUCUGUAACAGAGGAAAAAGUCUUGGAUACCAUAACCAUGGAAGACAUUCUUCAGCAGGUGGUAAAUCCUUCUGGUUUGGAGACGACACUCGGCUCCUCUCCCGAUUCUAAGGUCACCUACCACGUUGAAAAAACCCAGGUGGAAGACGGAACAACCAAGACCCAGAUUUUCUUACAGUCUACCGUGCGGGAGGACCUGGACAUAUCUGACGAUUCUGUUCUGGAGGAGCUGCUAAAUAAGGGCGAGAAAAGAACUGCUUUGGAAGAUAUCAGGGGAACCCCGACAGGAAGCAUGAUCGAAAACCUUCUCAGCCUGGGCAUGACCGGAUGGGAGAAUCUGGAGAACAUGGCAGUUAAUGUCGAGAUUAUCGAGGAACCACUGGAAACCCAAAGCGAUGAAGAAAAUGAGGAAAAGCUCUCAUCAACGUUCUUCCAGAUCGAGGAGCUUGAGAACGCUCCCGUGGCUGUUAAAGGGUCUUUGGGCAGUGAAGAGGUGCUGAGUGUCACCAUGGCAGCUGAAGAGCUGGGGAAGAGGCAGUUUUCAGACACAGACCCAUCCUUUCAAACCAGGGUCCAAGAAAACGAGUAUUUUGUGUCCAUGCCAGAUGAUUACAUGCCUGAACACCAGGAAAGUGACCUUUCAUCUUUCAACCGCUCCGGAAUGAGACAGGAGUGGUCAGGAGACGAAAGGUGCUGGCAAGAGGAGCCAGGACCCAACCAGGAGCAAAGCUUCACUGAUACACUGACUAAACAGUACUGGAGAGAACCUCAGGCUUCAGAACCUAGAGCAGAGUUUGACAGAGCAGAGUUUAACAGAGCAGAGUUUAACAGAGCAGAGUUUGACAGAGCAGAGUUUGACAGAGCAGAGUUUGACAGAGCAGAGUCUGACAGAGCAAAGUUCGACAGAGCAGAGUUUGACAGAGCAGAGUUCGACAGAAAUGAGUUCGACGAGCAGACUUCGUCUGAGUGCGUCGUAGAAGAAGAAAUUAAGGUUCCACGUAAAGUUCAAGAAUCAAUGUUAGAACUGCUGAGAGAGGAUGGGCACAAUCCAAAACAGCAGCUGAAAGGGGCUUUGGAGCAACUGAAAGGAACAGUGUCUGACAAUUUGAGAGAGGAGCUGGCUGUGUUAACCAGCAACGGACAGGACAGCUCCGAUAGCCUGGCUGUUGAUAUCAGAAAAGUACAGCAGUCUUCUGACAGCGGUGUGGUGACCAUCGUUGCGGAAAUCAAUGUUUCCCAAAAUCUCGACGAGUCAGGCCUCCCGGAGGGACAGGAGGGAUUUUCCGAUGAGCAGGUAAUGGCAGCGCUGCGAUCUACAAACCCCCAACUCCACGAAGCACGAAGCGGCAAGGCAGGCAAAAAGAUGGUCCUCUCUCACAGCGCAGACGACAAAGAACCGAAGAUUAGAGUUUCCACAGAUCAAGACGUGAGAGUGCAGGGAAUGAGCUGGACCACGAGCAGCGAAGAUCCAGGGAGCCCAAAUGCAGAGCAGUCAGCCCCCGACAUCAACAAAUUGGUGAAGCACAUUAAACUGGGUCCCUCUGAGAAAUCAUUCACUUUCCAGAUGGACGUGUCCCAGGUUGCAUCUUCCACCACUGGCAGGGGGCCCCAAGAAGCAAAAGCAUUUAAUUCCCAGGCAGAGUUCACUGACGGAGCCAACGUCCGGGCAGUCAGGGAGGAAGUCUAUCAGUACGUGCAAAGGGCCGGCGAGGAAGGGGAGGAGCAGUUAGAGAUGUGGGAUCCCAGCCAAGGUGAAACGGCAGCACAGUUUGCGUUUUCCAAAGCACUGCAGCAGCAAAGAAUAGUGGACCCCCGAUCAGUGAUCAGCGAGGAACAGAGGAUUGCGGCUCUUUACCUGGACGAAGAUGAUGAAGAAUAGCUGAGUGGACGUUAAGAGAUGCUGAAAAAGGUUUGCUGCUUGGUAAUUUGGAUUCACUAGCAGCAUCAGAGAUAACAAUAGUAACCCCCUCCACCUCCCAAAUCGCCACCGAAAAACCAGAUGGAGAGUAGAUUUUAGUCCAUUUGAGUGUGAGUUCAUAACUGAAGAUCAGUUCUGAAGUGAUGAUGCUCAUUCAGGUCAUCAAUAAUCAUUUGUAACCAUCAGAAGCAAUCUUUGGCCAGGAUUUUACUUCUUCUACUUUUGAACAAUUAUAAUGCGCAACUAUCUAAUGGUUUUGCUCAAUCAUUACAGGAGGGGCCUGGGCACACCUAAAAUCCAACUCGCUUCAAAACACAACGAUUUUAGAUUUGUGCAGUGCACGAUUUCAAAGGUUAGUUUCACUGUGAAAAAAUAGUUUCUGUCUCCACGCUUCAUAAUAAUAAUAAUAAUAAUAAUAAUAAUAAUAAUAAUGGUCAUGUUCUAGGAUACAUAACUUAAGGUAGAUCACUCCUGGACACACCUUUCUAGAACGCUUUGAGACGCUGUGCAAGAUCCUGCAGAUCUACUGCAGUGUGCGCGUGGUGCUCCUGAUUGCCGAUGCUCAGGCUGAUACAGUAGGUUGGUAAACCACACCACACCACACACUGCUUUUGUAGCUGUCGCAUGCCCCCAGUAGCAUGGAAUGGCUUUAAUGGCAUUAUCACAGCCACGUUUUAAAUGUGCUGAAGAUCUUUGCUUACUUUUCUGCUUUAAUUGGGAGAAGUGCAGGUUUGUUGGUUUUUAAACACAACACUGUACUUUUAGAAGUUUAAACGGCUGCACCUUGUGAAUGCGGUAUGAUUCAUGUCAUCUGAUUUUGAAUGUGAUGACUAAAUGAAAGCAAAAAGAGAUCCAAUAAUGUUGCAUUAAAUGAGAGCGACCUGUUUCCAAUAUACAGCUGAAAUGUGUUCUCUUUAAUGUUAUGCAUAUGUUUAUAAAUCCCCUUUUGUGUAAGACUGAGGUUUAUCCAUCUCGAAUGGGAUAUUUUGCAAACCCCCUUUCCCCAGUAGCUGUGUCCUGUGAAAGUGCUCUGACUGCGCCUGGUCCUGUGGUGUGUGCUGCCCUCCUCCCCACCUUUGGAGGACUGGCAACCCUCAUGCCUGCACAGCGCGAGCCCCACAAACACACGGGUUCCAACAGGGGUGCUGCAUCUCUAUUUUAGAAAUUGCUUCCUUUAUUUUAGAAAGUUAAUAAACCGAUAUGCACGUUCAGAUUUUUUUGGCAGCUUUGUAUUUUAUCAUGUUUUGGUUUGACACAGGACAGUAUACUUAAGAAAAUAAAAGCCCUUAAAAAAAACAAACAAAAAAAAAACUUUCCGAGUCGUUGUUGUUCCUGGAAAAUAACCUUGACACGUUCUGUAUGGCACAGUGGCAAAAGCACUUGAGGUGGAAAUGGGUCAUUUCCUGGAGUCCAAAGCCAAUCCGGGUCUGAGGUGCUGAUUAGAAGCCUUUUCAAAACAAUUUAAACAGCAAUAUUACUUGAAUAAUAUACAUGUUUUAAAGAGAUUCUGGGUAGAAGGCACAGCAUUUCCUGGACCCUCUACCGUCCUCCCUGGCACGGUAACUGAGAGGCGCAGGGAGACCCCCCUCUAUCCAAACCCAUUGACCACAUCACCAAACUAUACCCACAUCACCCAACUAUACCCACAUCACCCAACUAUACCCACAUCACCCAGCUAUACCCACAUCACACAACUAUACCCAUGUCACCAGCUAUACCCACAUCACCCAGCUAUACACACAUCACCCAACUAUACCUACGUCACCCAACUAUACCCAUGUCACCCAGCUAUACCCACAUCACACAACUAUACCCAUGUCACCCAGCUAUACCCACAUCACACAACUAUACCCAUGUCACCAGCUAUACCCACAUCACACAACUAUACCCAUGUCACCAGCUAUACCCACGUCACCCAGCUAUACCCACAUCACCCAAAUAUAUCCAAACUUCCUGUUUUAGGGGUUCCAAUUAGAGAGAAGAUGCCCAGCGUGUUUUGAGGAAGGGUCCUGUCCUCUACCCCCCUUGAAAGAUGGCCAGUUUUAGUCGUAGAUGUUGGUCUUUGUCCCUCCCAGAGCCGAAUGUGGCAGUACGACAGGACAGAACGGAGGCCUCUUAUUCAGACUGUC